AUGGGACAGAGGUUGAAGCAGACACUGAUGAGCAAUGAAGAGCUUGUGCAAGAUGCCCAAGCUGGAAGUCAUCAUUUGUGUAAGUCCUUUUGCUAUAUUCCCAUCGUGAGCAGUGUGACCCUGUGGAAGAGAGGCUCAUCCCAUACAAGUCCUAACCCUCGCGCUGAGAAAGCAGCCUUGCCCUGCUCCAGGUUUCUCACUCACAUGAGGAAUUUCUCUGCAUCACAUAAAACGGAUAAAUUACAUUUUCUACCGUUUCCAGGAUUUAUAGAAGGGACUCCUAGUCCAAUGACAGGACUACUUUACACUCACCAGUGCCUAAUCCCCAACUCUCCUGAGAGCACAGUUUCUUUCGAAGAAGUUUAUGAAGAAGCCUGUCCUUCCUGGUCACCAUCCAGUGAAAUGGAUGAAGAUGAUUUGCUCUCUACUGACAAAGAGAGAAGGCAGAAGCGACUUAGAGGAUCACCUAAGCAGGCCUGGACCGGCCCAUUUGUGGAAAAGCCAGCUGCAGAUAGUAAGCCAUCACACUCAGUGAAUACCACUUUCCUGGAAGCUGCAGGUAGACGCAUACCACUUCAGAACCAUCCCUUGGGCAACUCCAAGGGAGAUUCUGGCCCUGUGUCGAGACCUUUCACCGCCAUUGGCCUCUGCAGAAGUGUCAACCAGAACUACCCUUCCGUGCAGAUCAGUUGUAGGACUUCCCCGGAAUCUGGACAGCAGGAUAAAGUGUCAUGCUCGGGCUUCUGGACAAACACAGAUUCCCUAAGCAUAUGUGGAAGUGCAUUAGGAAGAGGCUUGGCCGCCAUAACACCCGUGAUAACUCCCAAGCAGCCUCAUCACCCUACAGAACGUAGGUCAAAGGCAGCUAGCGCCUUCCGUGGCCGUGCAGCUAAGGAGCCCCUGCCUCUGCUCGUGGGAUCUUCUACCCAUUUGUUUCCCAAGAAGUUAAUGAAGGUUUGCUCCUCAGCAGCCCCACGCCCACCCCGGCGCUUCCAUACGGCUUGUUCACAGACACUUUCCAGGCCGGUAGCCACUGCUCACUUACACUGA